AUGGGUUCUAAUUUCUCACCUUCCUCCAACAAAAAAACAAAACAAACUACCCUAGAAGAGCUGUUUUUCUCAAGAAUCCCCUUCUCAAAGAAACCCAUAAACACUAUUAAAGAUACCCCCGUUAGCCUCCUCAAAUCGAAGUCACAAAGUCGAAGUUCACCUCUUUGCCAGGGCAUCUCCUUGUCCACCGGUUUACCCUGCAGACGUCCAGUAGUAGAUGAUAAUUAUUGCUUCCAGCAUAAGACACAAGUCAAAGGUGAAAGCAUUUUUGGAAUACCGACCACCCCCAGAAAAAAUGUGGCGCCGUAUGACUGUGGGAAAGUAAAGGGAGGUGGAGUCCACGAAACAUUAAACAAAGACGAAGUUACGAGAAAUGAAGAAAGUCUUGCAAAGAACUUCAACACCGUGUCGCUAAAGAAUUCCAACGAUCCGAAGCAAAAGGUUAGAAAGGUCCGAAGUAAGGAUAAAAUGCCAAAAAAAUCGGACUUUGAAUCCAAGAAAGAUUCGCCAAGCACUACGGUGAUUAUGAUUCGCUUAGAAAACAAUGUUGAAGUUCAGAUCACUCAAUCAAACGGAACAACGGAAGUCACCCAAACCGUCGAGACACCAGCGUCAUACACAAAAUCGGGUCAACGGUCGCCCACGCCAGUGAUUCGUUCGGAAACCCCUCCACCUCUUCGUUUGCCUCUGGAAAGUCCCAACUAUCCAGAUGAUAGCUUCCUAGAGACGAAAAAUAAGGAAUUCUUUCAAACUCCCACCUUCGUGAGCCCAUCUGAAUGUUUAGAUUUGGUUCCCAUACUAUCUUCGUCGCCGACUCAAUCGAUAAGAGGAUACAAGGUUGCAUCCGCUAUGACCGACAAUUUCACACCCCUUUUUUCUUCGCCCGUAUCACCGUCGCGAGAAGAACCAUUCACCGAAAAUGAUAACGAGGAUUCUCCGCCAUCAUCGCCGACUCCGAUAAGGAAUCAAAGAUUAUUGUACGAGUCACGGUUUUCGCCUUCAGAAAAGUGUGUAGAUGACGACAGAACUCCUACGGCUCCGAAGAAAACAUUCCGCAGCGUUUCCAGAUCCGGGUCAGCAACAACGACGCCCACGCUCUCUGACAACAAAAUUCACGUCGAUCUCACCGCAAAUCCGAUUUCCCCGUUAAAGCCCCUAACACAAAUUUUUUGUCAGGGGAAAAGUUAUAAGACCAACAAGCAAUGCGUUCGUAAGGUUAAACGCAAUGAGAAAUAUUGCCAGCAGCAUAAACAAACUAUGAUGGAACAAGCGGAGAUCGAAAGAGCACUCUUCGUUCCCGGUAGAUCGAAAAUGACAUGGGUUAAAUUUAAAGACUGGUUAAACGAUGGUCUAUCUGAAGAAACCAAGCGUUUGUUAAUAUCUGAAAUGGAAAAGCCGAUAUCCGACAGGGAUAGAGCUGGUUUUAUAUACGCAUAUAGAUUGGUUGAGGGUCCUUCCUCACAUCAUGAUUCCAAUUGCACAUUAUAUAAAAUCGGUAGGACCACCAAUGUUCAUCGGCGAUUAUACCAGUGGUCCCAACAUUGCGGCUAUACACCUCAAUUGAUCGAACUUUUUCCAGACGUGAAUUUAUCAAGUUCGUUUUCAUCUCAGGAAUCAAUGUUGGACACGAUCUUUGACGAUGACGAAGGUUCAUCGAAUGGUGAAUGCUCAUCUCAAUUGGCCAAGGUAACCAAAUGCAAAUAUGCACAUCGAGUAGAACGAUUAAUUCACAUUGAACUAAGCGAGAAGUAUAGUGUGGACAUGGAGACGUGUUUGGGAUGUGGUAAUAUGCACAGGGAAUGGUUCAAGGUGAUUGCACCGGUCAGAGGUAGCUCCACCAAGGUUGAAGAUGAUGGGCUUCACGGAUGGAACGAGAUAAGAAAGGUUAUUGUUCACUGGAUAACUUAUGUCGAAAAAAAUUAUGGCGUGGGUUAA